CCAGUCGAGGUGCACGUCGAUUCCCGUCGGUACAGAAUCUCUCGUAUCGUCGAGACGUUCUGAAACGGUCUUUCAAACCAUCAACUAAAAACAUCAAAGACAAAAGUGUUAUUUUAAUUUAUUUACGUAUUUUUAGUUUUUCACAAAAUUCAACAAUCGCAUUGUGAAGUGAUUUGUUUUUGUUUACUUUUUAAAACUCUUUAAAAGAUUUGAAAAAUGCUGCAGUCAAGUGCCAGUGCUGGUGUCAGUGCUAGUGCCAAAGUGUAGUGCCAAAAUGGGGUGUACCCCAAGCAUGCUUCUCGAUCACAAGAACCGGCGCCGGGACAGCACCGGCUCCCAAGAAGCGGCUUUGGCCAAGGUAGCUCCAACUACGCUAUGCAACAAAGCUGUGCAGGCCGCAAGAGCGCCCCGAGCCUCAUUGGAAUCUGAUGGCUUCAGCAUUCAACUAUCCAGCAAAAAGGACAGCUAUGUUUCGCAAAUGGGAAACAAUUUCGCGACCCAGCUUCACAUUAAGAGGAUUUCUGGCAGUUCAAGUGGGUCGCCAGGAGCUCGUGCCGGCCGACGUUCCUCCCUCGCUCUAACACCAGAGGAUGAACCUUUAGUUGAUGUCACUAACAGAUCACCGCCGCCAGCAAACAUCCCAACCGCAUUAAUCUACUCACCGCCGGAACCUUUAGAGUUGCUAUGCGUGUUCCCCGAGCGCACGUCACGCGUGUGCGCCGCAGCGUGCUCGGCGGUGGAGCGGGCGGGCGGCGAGGCGCGGUCCCUGCGGUGCGCCAGGGAAACACUCGACGCGCUACGUCGCGACAACGACACGCGCGUGCCCCACGUCAUCGUUGUCGACGCGCGACAACCGCAGCAACUCGAUGCAUUGCUGCUCGCUAGAGCUAUACGAGGAACGAAGAACACUCAGCACGUAUACCUGAUUGCCAUCGUGAAGAAAAGUGCAUAUCUCAAAGAUGAAUUCGGUGUGCUGGCAUAUUUAGAGGCAGGAUUCAACAGGGUAAUGGUGGAAACAGUAAACACGACAGCUUGGUGCGCCGAAGUGCUGCAGGCGCGUUCCUCGGCCGCGUGCUCCCGGGCACAGAUCGCAGCCACAGCCGCCCUGGCCGCUGCCGCCGAUCGUUGCAGAGAUUUGGUUGCCAUCACUGACGACCAGCAGAGGAUCCUCCUCACUAAUAAAUCCUGGUGCCGUAUGCUGGGGUGGCGUUUGGAGGAAGGUCCGAGGCCAAUCCACGAAGCGGCUGGAGGAGAAGCUCUACGACUGGCGACAACCGGAGCCAGAGACUGGGAGGCGCCAGUUACUCUCCGUCGCAGGGCUGCUCCAGAUCCAAUCAUGCUGCCAUGCAGGGGUGCCACUAUAGGACUCACUAAGACAACUUCUCACAUAGUAUUCGUCUGUGAGCCGAGCGCAGGAGAGGGCGACCGUGGUAGGGGCUCGCUGCACUCGAUCAGACGCGGCUCGCUCGACGUGCGCUCAGUGGCCUCUGACGGACUGCGUCGAACCUCACUGGCCAAACUACAGGGACUACCUCUCGAAGCACCCAUCACUAAGGUGAUAUCUCUACUAUCGGCGGCUACAGAGGGUGCUCCGCCUUCCACCGUGGCCUGUAUAGAGCGAGCCGUCGACAUGCUCAGGACUUCAGAGCUGUACUCACCACAGAUGAGAGACGAAACCAAACUCAGAGUCGAGGACCCCAUAGCCACCGAUCUCAUUGGCGCACUGCUAUCGCGGGAGCAAGUGAACCAAAACCUUGUCUAUAUGCAGGGAAAUGCUAACGUCUUAUCGUCGCGUCGAAGCAGCAAUGACUCCACCGUCGUGCGUUCACAAACUAACAGAACCAAUAUCAAACACAAGACGACUGGUCAACUCCGAGAGCUUCUGGACACGGCUCUAAGCUGGGACUUCGAGAUCUUCCGCCUGGAGGAUCUGACCCGCGGGCGGCCGCUCGCGCACCUCGGGCUCGCGCUCAUGGGGGGCAGGUUCGACGUGUGCGCCGCCCUGGAGUGCGACGAGAGAACGCUCCUGCACUGGCUCACCGUCAUCGAGACCAACUACCACGCCGUCAACACCUACCACAACUCCACGCAUGCGGCCGAUGUACUACAGGCAGUAGCGUACUUCCUGGAGAAGGACCGGCUAAAGAACCUUCUGGAGCCAGUGGAGGCGGCCGCGGCUCUGAUCUCGGCGGCGGCGCACGACAUCGACCACCCGGGCACCUCGUCCGCCUUCCUCUGCAACGCGCGACACCCGCUCGCGAUCCUAUACAAUGACGUCAGCGUGCUCGAGUCGCAUCACGCCGCGCUCACAUUCAAACUCACGCUCAACGACGACCGCGUGAACAUAUUCAAGAAUCUCGACCGCGACACGUACAAGACGGUGCGGCACCACGUCAUCGACAUGAUCCUCGCGACGGAGAUGACGAAACACUUCGAGCAUCUCGCCAAGUUCGUCAACGUGUUCUACGCUAAGUCCUCCGGCAGCAAGGAGGACGGAAUGCACACGGAUGAGCCAUUAUCACUAGACACCACAGCACUUUCUCAACCAGAGAAUGUCUUGUUGGUGAAAAGAAUGAUGAUCAAAUGCGCUGAUGUCUCGAACGCGUCACGACCUCAAAAGUUCGCUAUGGAGUGGGCUCGACGGAUUGCUGAGGAAUAUUUCCUACAGACGGAUGAAGAAAAGGCGAAAGACUUGCCUGUCGUGAUGCCAAUGUUCGAUCGAGCCACCUGCUCUAUCCCGCGCUCACAAAUCGGCUUCAUCGACUACAUCAUCAUAGACAUGAUGGAGGCCUGGGCUGCCUUCAUCGACAUGCCAGAACUAGUGAACCACGCCAGAAGCAAUAACCAACACUGGCGGGAACUGGACGAGGCGGGAGUGACCACGCUCGCCGACGUCAAACGUGUUCAAAGACAAAACGCUAUACAAGCCCCUCCCACCACUACCGCCGAACCGACAACUGAAGAAUAAAUUCACUAUGUCAUAUCAAACUAUCGAUAUACAGGGUGUAGUGGAACAGCUACCGAAAAUAAAGUUGAGGAGUGAUACUGUUAACUAAAACUACAAACCAAAAAAAAUUAUUUUUGGAAUUUUUGUAUCAAAAUAAAAAAUCAAGUGAUGCGCGGGAUUUACUAUCGCAAAGAUAUUCGGGUUGGAUGGCCCUGGAUGCCUUUGCCUUGUAAAAAUAGAGAUAAAUCUAUGCUUGGAAAAUGAACGUCGCUAUGCGUUUCGCGGUUUUUGUUGUUGUUGUUGUUUCGGAUUAGGGAAUGAUCCUCUACACCCUGUAUAAGUUACUUCGAAAAUUAAAGACAUACCUAUUUGUUAUUAAUGUAUGUUAUGUACGUAAUCGCGCCUAAAACCUAAUCACAAUUUUAUAUUCAAUUAAUAAUUCUGCUAAAUAUCUUCUGAGUUUCGUUGCAAACUAAGAAUUCGCGACCCUGAGAGUCGAGAUCUGAUCACUUGACAAAGAAAAUGACUUGGAUCAACAGCAAUCGAAAAUCUACUGAAAAUAUUUAGAUCUGCGUGUACAUAUUAAUAAAAAUUAAAAUGGUCUAGAAAAAGUGAAAUCAUACAAAGUAACGAACUCUAACAUACAGUAGAAAUGAUGAAAAAGGGAAUUCUGGAAUUAUGGUGCCUAUUGGUUUUCAGUGCACCGUCGUGUAUGUUCAAUUCUGAGUGUUGUAAGCCCAGAUAAAAAGUCAAAUUAACCUCCUCAGGUUCUCAGAAUUACAGCCAAGCCUUUUAAAACAGAUUCUUAUGCUAUUAAAAAUGAUUGGAAAUAUUUAUUGUCUUGAUUCACUCAGGUUUACAGACACACUUUAAAUAUUAGGCUAUACCUAACGUAUAAAGAUUGGGGUAAUUAUGUCCGUAAAGGCGCUUCUUUAACAAAGAUGCCACAGAUAACAUAUUAUAUCGACCAAACAGUUCGUAUUGCGUGUGGAGUUCACAGAAAGCGCCCCGAUAGUUUGAAUGUCAACGUAAUAAGUCUGAAACGGAUCAUAGGCAUGCACAGUGCCGACGGAUGUGUCCGAUAAUACGCUUAUUUUAUACUAUUAUAUCCACGUUAGUGUAGAUAUCAGUCAUAUUGUAUCUGUUGAUAUCUACUUUUUAAGUAGUCGUAUUUAUUAGAUCAUAGAUACUAACUAAUAUUAUUGAUAUACUGUAUCGAAUGUAUUCAAAUUUGGAUUUUCAUCUUAUUGUUAUAGAUUCUAGACUAUCGACGUUUUACAAUAUAAUAUUGUGAUUAUGUAUUAUUGUAGUUGCCAUUUACAUACACGGGUAGAUGUGUGUUAGUUACAUGUGCUGUGUGACUUAAUCCGUGAUUUAUGUGCCAUAAUAAAAGUAUUGGCCAAUAUUCAUUUAGUAAUCGAUUUUUUCAAUUCUGAAAUCAUUUAUCGCUGCAUCCCAUGACAGUAUAUUGAUAAAUCCUGAAUUCGAACAACCAUCGUUUCACUAUUGCCGUAUUCUUCAGGCACUUUACUGUGUGCGUGUUAUAUGUAUGUAUUCAAAUGUUCGAAAAUUUCUUAAGAUUGUCAUAAAAUUUGGAAUGGUCCAUUUAUAUACUUGAGCUUUCAAAGAAUUCCUAUUUUUAUAUUAAUCUUUAUCUUGUACUCACAUUCUGUAUUAUCGUAUAGAAAUUCAAAAAUUUUCUAAUAAUUAUUUACAUAUUCAGGUGACUAAAUAAUUCCGUUUCAUUCCUCUGGAAUAUUUAUACAUUUUUAUCGUAUUAUUAUGUGUAAUAGUUGCUAAUGUUCUAGUUAACGCUACGUCGUAACUCCACGGAAAAAACAAUGUUAAUGUUAAUGUUAUAAAAAAAAAUGCUUGUGCACUUUUAAACAUAUUAAAAACUAAAGUACGCAAACAUUGUCUGUGGUUACGACGCCAAGAAAUACAUUAAUGUUUCUUAAAGUAACAAUUUAUUAAUCGUGUCGAAUAAGGUCUAACGUAUUGGAACGGUGUUUAAUGAGUAUAUUCGUCAUUGCGACGCUGGUAAUUAAGGAGAAGUGUAGUUUUUAAUUACAAUGUCGUUAUAAAUUACGCUUUCUUGUGCUCAAUGUCAAAUACAUAGCGGUCUAAAUGUUCUGCGCCGUAAUUUUACUACUAUAUUGUUCACGUGUUGAUAUUUUUUUUUUUGGAUAUCUACCGAAAUUGAUAACUGUUACUAACCAAAAAAUUGACGUUUAAAUGCUGUUUAGCUCAAUUUUUUUUCGCUAGGACGUAAUAGCGUCGUUUAACGAGAUAUCUUGCAGUUAACGUACUGCUUUUUUUUCCCUAACCCUACUGAUUUUAAUUGUAAGUUUUUAUGAUUGAGAACUUUAAUAUAAGGGGGGCUGGUCCCCGCAUUCAUGUGCAAGUAAGUUAUUGUUGUUGUGAAUUUUAUAAUGCGGAAACUGUGUGCGCUAUACUACUCGUAUAAGUACCAUUAAUGUUAUCGUAAACUGAAAUAAAGAUCAAAUAC